CGUUCUAGCAAUACCGGCUGGCCGCUGUUGCUGGAGAUUUGAGAUUUAUUUUUCCGAGCGAGAAGAGUCAAGCUCCCAUCUCCAACUCUCGAAGGAGCUUUUCUCCCGGGAACUGCCAGGAGGCUGCUAUCUUUUCCUUUAGUGAUUCCAGUCUACAUUAGAGCCAUGGCACCAAAAGCACAAAAAAGCCCCAAGGGCAAGAAACGGGGUCAAGAAAAGAAGGGCAAAAAGAAGGCCAAGCAGCUGACACUUGUUGCUGAAGAAGAGGAACCAAUGAACAUGGAGAGCAUGGGCCAUCCGGAAAUUUAUCCAUUAGUACUAACAACCAAGACCCAGGAAAUAUUCAAUUGUCGAGUGGAUGAAGAUAUGACAGACGAGCAAACAUAUAAGCUCAUCAAAAAAGAAGACAUCUUGGCCGACUUACAAAACCGAGCUGCAGUAUCCGACUUCCACCCAGUCAAAAAAAUUGUCCGGGAAUACCCAGGGGAUGAGCUUCUCCUCGUUUAUGACAAAGACUUCAAAUAUGGACUCAACUUUUACCUCAUUGGAACCGAGGAAGGCAAGGAAAACUUUUUAAAGACCCCGGAAGUGCCCGAGGAACAAGAAGAGACCAGGGAGUAUGUUCAAGAAGAAGUGUUCGUCUACAAACCACCUGUCUCCAAGCCAUGGGUAUCUUUGGGCAGCGAGAAGGAAAUCGAGGAAGAAUCUGUCAAGGAGUCGAAAAAGCGGGUGACAUACAUGAUUUCUAGAAAACGAAGUGAAUUUGGUGCACCCGUGACUUUCAGUGACCAGAAUGCUUCUAGCAUAAAAGACGGUUACAUUGAGUGUGCUUCUUACUCAGAUAAGAAUUAUACCCUCACACAAGUUGAGAAAGAUGUCAGCUUGCAAGUCAUUCCUGAAGUCAAGGGCACAAGCACUCAGACAAAAUGGACAUUUCCUAAAAAUGCUACUACACAGUAUUAUCCAAGAGAAUUCUCGGAAGAGGAAAAAGAAGCCCUCGGACAAUCAAAGUCUUUGGCUGAUUUUCUCAACAAUGUGUCCACAAGUGUGGAGAUAGCCCUGCAGCAAAACGAAAUCAUGGACAUAUUUCUUGAUGACUGGAAGAACCUCGCGGAGGAAGAAAGCACCUUUGGGGACAAGACUGACACCCACCUGAAGGAGUACCAAUCCUUUACAGACCUUCACAGCACCAUGGAGAAAAUGAUCACCUGUGUCUCGUGGCACCCAACCAUCUAUGGGCUCAUAGUCGUGUCGGUGGCCGUGCGCCUCUCCUUUGAAGAAAGGGUCCAAUUUUCGGGUAAACUGCUGCUACAGCCGUCACUGAUUCUUUUCUGGAGUUUCUCUGACCCCAUACACCCUCAGUUGAUGCUGGAGAGCCCCGAUGACAUCUUCUGCUUCGAAUUCUGUCCGAGUGACCCCAACAUCAUUGCUGGAGGCUGUAUAAAUGGACAGAUUGUCCUGUGGGACAUCACGGCACACGCAGACCGCAUAGAAAACAUUAAGGCAGGUGGCAGCAGAAGUAAAAAGGCCACUCUCAAGCCUAUGUUUCUCCUUGAACCAGACAGUAAUAAAGAAGCAAUGUACAUCCGACACUGUGCAGUGUCUUCCAUAGAAAAUGGCCACAGGAAAGUGAUCACAGACAUUCACUGGCUGCCAGACUCGUUUGAGAUUAACAGAAUGGGCUCUGUCUUUGAAAAUCGGAGUGGGAUAAAUUGUCAGCUCGUCACGUGCUCAGCAGACUGCACAAUAUGUUUUUGGGAUAUCCGACCUCAAAAACCCCCAAGCACAGCUGCAGCUCCAACCACAGGCACAGGCACAGGCACAGGCACACCCACCAAUAACACAAACUCCCACCAACCAGCGGCAGAGAAGAAGAAAGAAGACACCAUUGAAAUCCCCUUUGAUGUGCCCUCGACUUUCUUGCACCUAGAUCUCUCCUGGAAACCCCUGACUAGAAUAAAACUGUCUAAGGGUGAAACAAAUUUAGACCACUGUCCAACCAAGUUGAGCCUGGGCGAAGACCCUCUUCUUUGCAAAAUACAAGGUACUUCCUCUAUGCAUGUUCUUCUGAAAGACAAGAUAUUAAACCAGAUAAAAAUACUAAAGUCAGCAGAAAUAAACCCCUUCCACAGUCUGGAUACUGGGCUAGCCAACAUACUAAAGCCAAUAGACGAUUUCUGCACAAAGUUCUUUGUGGGAACAGAGGAAGGUGAAGUGAUAUACACAGACUGGAAAAUGGAGAGAGACUCUGAAACUGGACGAUUCAUGGCCAAGAAGCCUGUGAACCUCUACACUGUCCAUGACGGGGCUGUCCAUACUGUUCAGAGGUCACCUUUCUACAACGACAUCAUCCUCACUAUUGGAGGAUGGAAUGUGGCCAUCUGGAAGGAAGAAGUCAUGACUGGACCACUUCUUCAAACGUGCUGUGCACCAAAAAGGUAUACGGCAGGACACUGGUCUCUGACGAGGCCUGGAGUAUUCUACAUCGGUCGAGAGGAUGGCUACGUGGACAUCUGGGACCUCUUGGAGAAAACCCACGAGCCCACUCAGUCCCAGAAUAUUUGCAUCACCAUGAUCACCUACAUCAAACCCUGGACCUUUUCCUCUAAGCAGCAGUUUAUAGCCAUCGCUGACUAUUAUGGAACACUGCAUAUCUUAGAAAUUCCUUGGACAUUAAGUCACCCUUCCUUUAACGAGGUAGCAAGUGUGAACUACUACUUUGAACGAGAAGUCAAGCAUCUGGAAUAUGUGUACCAGCGCAAGCUGAUCCGUGACGAAGAAAAGAAGGAGAUGGCCCUGGAGCUGGUGAAGAAGAAAGCUAAAGUCUUUCAAAAGACAAAAGAGCUGAUGGAGGCGGAGCUGCGGCUGGAAUACGAGAACCACGUGGAGCUUGAGAAGGCCGUCCUCUUCAACCUCGGCCUGGGCAGGGUCACGGAGAAGGUGUCGUACCUGGAUGUGAUGUAG